AUGGGCUCCGUUAUACAGGACCUCCUCAAAUUACCCAGUCGACGUGUAUUGUUAGCUGCGCAGGGAUCGUUGCAUUCGUGUAGAUAUAUCAAGCAUUUACGCGGCAGGAUCCAACCAGUAGUCGAGGUGGGAACAUCAUGGCGCCAGGCACACAUACAGUAUGGUGUCCGAGGUUAUGCAAGUUCAUCUAGCAAUAUCAAAGAGACCAAAUCCGACGGUUUUCGAGAAGGGGACAAGGUGAUCUCCGAGAGCUCCUCUUCAACAGACACUUUCACUCCGAAGCAACCCUCGAAGCACCCUCUCGAAGUACAGGAUCUUCCAGAAAUACCACCUUUUCCCGCUAAACCAACCCUCCACAUAUCCCCGGACGAUGUCACAACGUAUAUCCAACCAUUGAUUUCGCGUCAGUGGAAAGUCAAUCGUGUCAAAGGAGUCGGUGAAGACGAAGUGCUUUCUCUGAAUAGGCGUUACGAGUUCAAGGGCUUUAACGAUGUCAUGGACUUUGUUCAGGGAGUCGCGGACAUCUCACGGGAAGAAAAGGCACGUAUCAAACAUCAUGCGCGGAUCGUGAUCGAGUAUAGCACCGUCCUCAUUUUCACGCACACGCAUUCAGCGUACACAUUCCACCGCUUAGAAAAUGGAAAACACGAGUUCAAAAAGGUUCCAGGGCUCACGCGGCGCGACAUUCGAUUUGCUAUAAAGACCGAAGAAUUGCAUGAAACGUUCAAGGCGCGAGGGCGCGCGCUGCAGUUCGUACCUGCAGCGCUCGUCCAGCUACAACGCUGGUCUAUGGACUCGUUGCUACGAAGAUAUGGUAAAACUCAGAAGGUCGAGACGAUGGAAGACGUUCAGAGUACAUCGACAAGCAAUGCGGUGGAAAUCCAGCGCCUCGAAAAGAAGGCAGAGAAAGCGGCUGCAGCGGCCAAGACACGUAGAGCCGCGCGGCGAGACUUUGAUGAUAUGGAUCAGGAUAUGCUCUCCGAGGCUUUCGCCGCUAUUCAACGGUCGAUGGACAAACUCACGUCAAGACCACGACGAUAA